UCAUAUUAUUUGAUCGGGUAAAAAAUAUAUUGUUCCCUGCACUUAAAGUAAUUGGUUCUCCUUGAUUAAAUGAUGUAAUGAUCAGCAGUAUGAAGGUAAGUACCGCGGUUUUGGGGCCAUCACUAGUAUGUCAAAAGGAAAACCGCCCUGCAAUCAUGGAAGUCGAAACAUUAAAAAAAGACUAAAACAGUUUUGACUGUAAUUGGUUCGCUGGGGGGGGUCUGGGGGGUGGAUUUAAGAAACAGGGUAUUCAUCAUCUUUUUAGUCGUACCGUAGAGCUGGUAGGGUUUUGAACUAUGAAACAUGGUAAAAGAAGAAAGUUAAGGGAAUGAGAUGGCAGCUUAGCUGCUGGUGGCAUGCGACGCAAUUGAAACUACAAAAUACGGUGCUCGCAGACACCUUCGACUUCCACUGCCACCCAAGCCGACCAAUCCAUUUCGUCGCUCUGACGACGCACCGAAAGGAUCCUUCCCUCCCAAAUUUCCUUUCGUUCCCGCGAUCCGCAAUGGUGGGCCGGUGGUUCCGCCACCGGCGGAUCCCCCCGUGGUCCGGCCUUGGCGGCGGCGGUCCCCCGGGCCUUCCGGUUCGGUUCCGGAAGCAGUGGCAGGCGCAGGCGCAGAUGCAGUGGCAGAUGCGUAUGCAGAAACAAGCACCACCGAUCCGGGGGAAGCACCAGGCGCACCACCCGCACGGUGCCGGGGGGAGGCCCUCCGAGCAGGGGGCAGCCGGACCGGUCCGGGUCGAGCUGCACGACCUGCUGGGGGGUGGACCCCUGGCCUACCCGCGGGCGUGGGCCUACCAGCAGGUGCUCCUGGGGCACCGGCUGUGGAGCAAGAGGAGGGCGGCACACACACCACCGACCGAAGAAGGGGCACCGCCCGACUGCCUCCUGGUGCUGGAGCACGCGCCCGUCUACACCCUGGGCCGGGGCGCCAGCGAGGAGCACCUGGCCUUUUUGGACGGACCGGGUUCGGCUUCGGCUUCGGCUUGUGCGUCGGGGCUGGCGAGGACCGCGAGGGGGCCGGGAACGGCGCGGCUCUCCCUCGACCGCUCCGGGGGGGAACGGCUGGAGCGGGCGCUGGCAAAGGCCAAAGCGGAAGAAGGGGGACCGCCGGAGGCCGCCCUGGAGGCCGUCGGGGAGUGGACCGCAUCGAUCGAACCGGUUUUGGCCCCCAACGGCGUCCCGGUGUACCGCGUCGAGCGCGGCGGAGAAGGUAGGUAGGCGGGAAGGAAGGAAGUGUUUGUUCGGACCCCGCGUGCGCGGGCGUUGGCGUGUGAGCGCAGGUGGGAGAGAGGCAUGCGAUGCCAUGCCAUGCCAUGCCAUGCGACGCGGCUCACCACUUUCGAUUCCCCUUGUCGUUUGGUGGGGGUGUACAAUGGUUGGUUGGUUGGUUCGUUCGUUCGUUGGUUGGUUCGUUCGUUGGUUGGUCUUGGCCAAAAAAGUCACCUUCCACGGCCCCUCGCAGCUGGUGGUCUACCCGAUGCUGGACCUGAAGCGGCCGGGGGCUCCCUAUAAGGCGGACCUGCACUGGUACCUGAAGGGGAUCGAGGAGGUCGUCCUCUCGACCCUGGCCCACUACGGCAUCGAGGGCGACCGGGACGCCUCCCACCCGGGCGUCUGGGUCGGAAGCGACAAGAUCGCCGCCGUGGGGAUUUCUGCCUCGGGCUGGAUCACGACGCACGGCUUUGCCCUCAACGUCGAUCCCGACCUGUCCCCCUUCGACACCUCGGUCAUUCUGCCCUGCGGCAUCCCGGACCGGGGCGUCACGAGCAUGGGGGAGGUCCUCCGCCGCCGAAACAGAGACAACGACAGAGACAAACACAAGGACAGAGACAAACACAAGGACAGAGACAAACACAAGGACAGAGACAAACACAAGGACAGAGACAAACACAAUGACAGAGACAAACACAAGGACAGAGACAAACACAAGGACAAGGACGACCCAGCCAAGGUCGAGGUCCCGAGCCUCUCCGAGGUCGCAGAGGUCGUGAGAAAAAGCAUGGAGGAGGUCUUUGGGGUGGUCAUACGCUAAGCACUGUAAUUCUGUAAAAUUCGGUAAAAUUCGUGC